GCGACGGGCCCAGCGGCCCGAGGAGGCGCCGGGAGCGGCCGUGGAGGCCUCGCCCGCGGGCCCCGCGCCCUGCCCGGGCAUGAGGCGGGGACGGGGCCGCUGCCAACCGCGUCUGCGGGGAGAAGAUGAACAUCUGCAACAAACCUCAUAAUAAGAUCGCUCCGGAGGAUUUGGAUGAAGCUGUCCCCGAGGUGCAGGUGCAGCGUGCUCGAAGAAAUGGCUGGAGCUGGCCCCUGCACCUGUUCCAGAUCAUUGCCUGGCUGCUGUACCUCUUCUUCGCGCUGGUUGGCUUCGGAAUCCUGGUGCCUCUCCUGCCCCGCCACUGGCUGCCUGCUGGCUACAUCAGGUCUGUAUGGACUAAGAAAUGUGGACCUGUGUCAGCAGGGUCAGAGUCUGUCUCCAUUGACCCUGCGGAUGCAAAUGUGCGAGAAAAAAACUAUCUGGGGCCUCUGGCCACCUUCAAUCGUAACCAGCAUGCACAUGUCAUUGAAAACCAUCACUGCCAUGUCUGUGACGUGGAUGUGAGUGCCAAGUCAAAGCACUGUGGAACUUGCAACAAGUGUGUAUGUGGCUUUGAUCAUCACUGCAAAUGGCUCAACAACUGUGUGGGAGAGAGGAAUUACUGGCUCUUUUUGAAUAGUGUUCUGUCUGCCAUCCUGGGCCUGGGGCUUCUGCUGCUCGUUGCUUUCUACGUCUUUGUGGAGUUCUUCGUCGACCCCACGAUGCUCCGCUCAGACCAGCACUUUGAUGCUCUAAGGAACCACAUGGACCGCUGGCUUGUGUUUCUUCCUGCAUCUCCUGUUGAGACCAAGGCACCUGCCAUUUUGGUCACAGCUGGGAUUUUUAUUCUUCUGAGCCUGGUGACCGUGAUCCUGCUGGGCCACCUCUUGACCUUCCACAUUUAUCUCUUGUGGCACAAACUGACGACCUACGAGUACAUCCUGCAGCAGCGGCCACAGCAAGAGGCAGAAAAAGUGGACAAGCAACAGGAGUCUUGCUCCUCCCAAGUGAGGCCCAGUCAGGAAGCAGACUUACUAUCAGGUAACCCUGGCUAUACAGACCCUGGAAUUCAAGCAGUGGAAUUCUCAACAGUAACUUCAGGAAAAGGCUUUCCCAAGCUCUAUGGCCACAGCAGAGGAGGUGACCCCGAGCAGAGCUCCUCCCCAGACCCCCCAGCUCUCCGCUUUGCAGUCCCUUCUCAGCAACAGAAGAAAAGAAGAAAGAAGAUGCACAAAGCUUCUUCCUCAGCAAUGGACAGUGGAUCUAAAGAGCAUGCUGCACCUCAGCCCUCGUUCCCAGAUCCCCAGUCAGACAGCCCCAGAGGUGACAGGAAGAAGAACCUGCAUUCUGAGCACAAGGUAAAAAGGAGAGGCUGCCAGCACGACAGGCGCGUGGAACAAGACCUGGAACUUUUCUCCCAGGUUCCUGAUGUGUUUGUGAGUAAGAGCAGUGGAGAACCUCUUGUCCCUCAGCUCCAGCCCAGGGAGAGCACAACCGAGCCCGACCACAGAAAAUGCACCACCAGCAAGCAGCAUGUGAGCAGACACGACCCCUGCUCCAAGGACAUAAGGACAAGCACCACAGCGGCCUAGGGAUCAGCCUUCCAAAGCCACAGCCUUUGGGAACGGGGUUAGCUUUGUGUAGAGGCCUCAGGGGCUCAUCCCUCACUCUGCACGUGCUGUCAGGCUGCAGUGAGACGUUUCUCACCCUCAGCCAAAGGCAAGAGGCAGUGAGGUGGCAAACCUGAGGUAGACCUGUUGCUCUCGAGAGAGUUCCAGUGCUUUCCUUAGGAAAGGGCUGAUCCCUCACGGCCCUCUGCACAGUGGGACUGCAGGGACUGCCCGGGAGACUGUGUGGGGAAGAACCAGCCUGCAUCUCUGCUCUUCCCUGCACCCUGAAAUCUCUUAUUUCCCAUCUACCUAAACCCUGUCAGUCUUUGGAUCAUGCUCAGAGGCUUCAGCAGGUGGUCAGGGAGUAACCUCAGGAUUGCCCCAUCCCUACACCGCUUUCCACUGUGCCCCCUCAAGCCAAGUCCACUACCAGCAUGUUCUCUGUAAGGCAAUGUAGUUUGACCUGCUCCCCCUUCCCAGCAGCCUGGGGUGCCCCACAGUGCAGCCUUCUCAUGGCAGAGGCUUUGGGAUACAGCAAAUCCUGAAACCUUUCCAUUUCCCGGGCUGCCAGAUCUGCAUUAGGGCUCAGCCAAGCCUUGGUUGAUGUGACCAGUUGCACCAUUUCCAGACAGGCCCAGGAAAGAAUUAUGAAAGAAAAGGAAGGCAGGGGAGUCUCCAUCAGCCUACCAGAUCUUUGAUGCACGGACAGCACAGCUGACCCUUUGUCCAGACUACAGUGGGUGCAGGUUAGGGAAGGACAGGGCAAAGCAGGUUUGCUGUGUGAGUCAGUGAAGUGUUCUCCCCUCGCCUGUCUCAGCCUGCAAGCACUUAUUCAGAGCAGGACAGGAUAUCCCAACAUGGGACAGGCAGGCUGGACUCCCAGCCUUGGUGGGAGAGCCUAGCCCCAGGGAGGAAGACUUGGGGGUGUUUUAAAGGGCUGCCUUACACUCUUCUCUGUUGUCUGAUUUUUGUGUCCUGAAAGAACUGGGAUGAGGAGCCUUGACUCCUCAUCAAAUCACAUGAUCCAUUGGUCAGCAAAAGUGAAGUCUCACUUAAGUUGAAGUAAUUUUGUCUCAGUUUGCAGGAAGGGCUGGCCUGUGGUCACCCUCCUUGCAGCUUCCCUUGCUGCUGUGGCUGGCGGUAUCCACUGGCAGUGUGACCCUUUGGAAAAGCAGGUGAGUGUGGGUCCAGCCUUUGAGGACCAGCACACGUGGCACUGGGUGUCUGCAGAGGCCAGGGCAUCUGCUCACCAAUGGGUCCUGGUCAGACAAAGUCCUUCCUCUUGUUUCUCCUCAUGUCCCUGUCAUCCACAUCAUCAAGGAAACUGCAGCAACGCUGGGUUCAGGGUUUUCCAAGGCCAGCUGUCCCUCCACCAGCAGGCUUUGGUAAUUCCUCUGCAGCAGGUGCCCCUGAGCAGACCUGGUGUGUUCUUCUUAUUCUCUGUCCAUGCAGGACCAGUCCCAAAAUCAUGUACAGAGUUCUUUAGUAGCUCUGGCCACAAUAAAAUUUUCUAUACUCUUUACUAAA